AUGGCGGCGGGCGAGCUUCGCGGCCUGGCAGUGGCCGGCGGAGGCGAGAGUAGCGAGAGCGAGGAUGACGGCUGGGAGAUUGGGUAUUUCGACCGGGCACCUCAGAAAUUAAAAUCACCGUUACCCACUGAAGAGAAGAAUGAAACAUUUAAGAAAGCAAUGAGCAUUGGAGAUAUUUCAUUGGUCGAGGAGCUCCUGGAUUCUGGUAUUGGUGUAGAUUCCAGCUUUCUAUAUGGAUGGACUCCCCUUAUGUAUGCUGCUAGUGUUGCCAAUGUGGAGCUGGUUCGAGUCCUUUUGAAUAGAGGAGCUAAUGCAAGCUUUAAUAAGGAUAAGCUAACUAUUUUGAUAACUGCAUGUUCUGCUCGUGGCACAGAGGAACGGAUCUUGAAGUGUGUAGAACUACUACUUUCAAGAAAUGCUGACCCAAAUGUUGCUUGUAGGAGGCUUAUGACUCCCAUCAUGUAUGCAGCACGAGAUGGUCACCCUCAGGUUAUUGCUCUCCUUGUUGCUCAUGGAGCAGAAGUUAAUACCCAGGAUGAGAAUGGUUAUACUGCUUUAACAUGGGCAGCACGUCAGGGUCAUAAAAAUGUAGUUUUGAAGUUGCUUGAACUUGGAGCUAAUAAAAUGCUACAAACCAAAGAUGGAAAGACACCAAGUGAAAUUGCAAAAAGAAAUAAACAUCUCGAGAUCUUCAACUUUCUUUCUUUGACUUUAAAUCCAUUGGAAGGAACGCUUCAACAACUAAGUAAAGAAGAGACUAUUUGUAAACUAUUGAAAACAGAUUCUGAUAAAGAAAAAGAUCGCAUAUUUAGUUCAUAUACAGCAUUUGGAGAUCUGGAAAUAUUUUUACAUGGUCUUGGACUUGAACAUAUGACAGAUGUAUUAAAGGAAAGGGAUAUAACUUUAAGACAGCUUUUGACCAUGAGGAAAGAUGAGUUUACAAAGAAUGGAAUUACUGGUAAAGAUCAGCAGAAAAUUCUGGCUGCUCUUAAAGAACUAGAGGUAGAAGAAAUAAAAUUUGGAGAGUUACCUGAAGUGGCAAAGUUGGAAAUCAGUGGUGAUGAGUUCCUCAACUUUCUUCUGAAAUUAAACAAACAGUGUGGCCAUUUAAUAACAGCUGUACAGAAUAUCAUUACUGAGUUACCUGUAAAUUCUCACAAGAUAGUACUAGAAUGGGCUUCUCCCCGGAAUUUUACUUCAGUUUGCGAAGAAUUGGUUAGUAAUGUUGAAGAUUUAAGUGAAGAGGUCUGCAAACUAAAAGACUUAAUUCAAAAGUUGCAAAAUGAACGGGAAAAUGAUCCAACUCAUAUACCAUUAAUAGAAGAAGUAUCUUCACGGAAUGGUAGAAUUUUGAAGAGGACAGCUAUUACAGUUUGCGGAUUUGGGUUUCUUCUUUUCAUUUGCAAGCUAACUUUCCAGAGAAAAUAA